AAUUUGUUUUCGAAGAAACAGCAUUCCAAGUUGAUCUCCCGAGUCUAAAACCACUGCCCGCUUCCUGGACCACCACUCCGCCCCCCCUUCGCUCGCCGCCGGUGCCGAUGGAGCACCUCCGGAUCGCCGUCUCCCACCGCCCGCCUCUGCUCCUCCCCGCCCCGCAAACUCUCCGCCGCCGGCGACUCCACCUCUCGGCUCCCCUUACCCUCCCACCCGCCUCCCGCUCCCUCUCUUCUCGGCAUCAUCUCUUUCCCGUGCCUCGCCGCCACAUCAUCCGGCCUCUACUCGCCUCCCAAACACCUAUCCCCGACUCAGAGACCGAGUCCGGCGUGCCCCCCGCCGGCGCCAAGCUCGUCCCGCUCCUCGUCUCCCUCGCGCUCGGCCUCGCCGUGCGCUUCCUCGCGCCGCGGCCCCUCGAGGUGAGCCUGCAGGCGUGGCAGCUCCUCUCCAUCUUCCUCUCCACCAUCGCGGGGCUCGUGCUCGGCCCGCUCCCCGUGGGCGCCUGGGCCUUCCUCGGGCUCACGGUCGCCGUGGCCACGCGAACCCUCCCCUUCGGAGUCGCCUUCUCCGCCUUCACCAACGAGGUCAUCUGGCUCAUCGUCAUCUCAUUCUUCUUCGCGCGAGGGUUCGUCAAGACCGGCCUCGGCGACCGCAUCGCCACCUACUUCAUUAAGUGGCUUGGGGGCAGCACGCUGGGACUGUCCUACGGGCUCACCAUUAGCGAGGCGUGCAUCGCGCCCGCCAUGCCUAGCACCACCGCCAGGGCCGGAGGCGUGUUCCUUCCUAUCAUCAAGUCGCUCUCGCUCUCAGCAGAGAGCAUGCCUAACGAUCCAUCGUCAAGGAAGCUUGGGUCUUAUCUCGUGAUGACCCAAUUCCAGGCAGGUAGUAACUCGAGUGCUCUCUUCCUGACUGCUGCAGCACAAAAUCUGUUGUGCUUGAAGUUAGCAGAGGAGCUUGGUAUUAUAGUUGCAAAUCCAUGGGUAUCAUGGUUUACUGCUGCUAGUUUGCCAGCUAUUGUGUCUCUACUUGCAACACCUUACCUGUUAUACAAAAUCUUCCCCCCUGAUAUGAAGGACACACCUGAUGCUCCGGCAUUGGCUGCGGAGAAGCUGAAGUGCAUGGGCCCAGUGACUAAGAAUGAAUGGGUUAUGAUUGGUACAAUGGUUCUUGCAGUCUCAUUAUGGAUAUUUGGGGAGGCUAUUGGUGUAUCUAGUGUUGUUGCUGCAAUGCUUGGGCUCUCUAUUCUUCUCCUGCUUGGUGUGCUAGACUGGGAUGAUUGCUUGAGUGAAAAGUCAGCCUGGGAUACAUUGUCUUGGUUUGCAGUUCUUGUUGCAAUGGCAGGACAGCUCACAAACCUUGGAAUUGUGUCUUGGAUGUCAAAUUCGGUUGCUAAUAUGCUUCAAUCUUUCUCAUUGAGUUGGCCUGCAGCUUUUGUUGCUCUGGAGUCAUCCUACUUCCUCAUUCACUAUCUGUUUGCAAGCCAAACUGGGCAUGUUGGAGCUCUAUACUCUGCGUUCCUGGCCAUGCAUGUAGCGGCUGGUGCUCCUCCUGUGCUGUCUGCACUUGCUUUGGCAUUCAACACAAAUUUGUUUGGUGCGCUAACUCACUAUAGUAGUGGGCAAGCUGCAGUAUAUUUUGGAGCGGGGUAUCUCGAACUUCCAGACAUAUUCAAGAUGGGUUUUGUAACAGCAUUGCUUAAUGCUUUGAUAUGGGGAGUAGUCGGAACCUUGUGGUGGAAAUUUCUGGGGCUCUAUUGACAGUGCCUGCAGUGUAAGUUGGCGGAACUUUGCUUUGGAGCUCAUUGACUUGUCCAUGCUCCGGGAGUGAAAUUUCUUUGGCGGUCUGUUGAUGAUAGGGUAUCUGUGUCAAGCAUUUGCCAUUUAUUUAUGUCUUGUACAGUGCCCAAUUUUCUCCCUCGGGAGUGUGGUUAAGGACAGAAAAAAAGUUUGAUGCUAAAAUUGGUCAAUCUUGUUACAGUAUUCUUAUGCGUGAGUACUAGUCCGUUCAUAAA